UAAAUCGUUUACAGACGUGGCACAUGCUUAGUGGUCAUACACUCUCAUUUCAUUUGUUUUCCCCCGAAAAGAAAAAGAGAAGCUUCCAUCUUGUAACUAGCCGUUGGGGCUGAAAUUGAAUCAUCAUCAUCAUCAUCCUCAUUGCCUUUUUGUUCUUUUACCCUAAUUUAUCCUCUUUAUCCCCAACUAACUUUUCUCGAAUUUUGUUAUCUGACUGGUACAGAUCUCCGGUGAAGUAAAAAAAAAACACUGGAGGGAGAUGAAGUCAUCGAGAAUGAAGUUUGCAAAGAAACUGAAAUCGUUUAAAGCCGGCGAGUAUCUGAAUCAGGAUCGGAUUCUUCAGGUGCUUUCUGCUGCAGAAGAUGGGAUCUCUGAGUUUCUUCCGAAAAUAUCUAACCCCAUUCCUCAGAUAACAGCCGCCGGUUCUAUCUGGAGAACCCCUCAGCAGAAGCCUGGAGAUCAAAUCGCAAACGUAAAGGAGGAACUUGUGGAAAACGAGAGAGAAGAAGCUUUGAGAAGUGUCGUCGGCGACAAGGAAAACGUACGGCCUCCGGUAAACCAGAUUCCGAGAGUUCCGUGUGAUGGGAAAGAGAGCAAAUCGGAAGUUUCUAACGGAUCUGAUAAAGCUAUUGGAUCUGGAUUUAGAAGACCUGAUUUGAAUUCGAGCACACUUUUCGAUCCGAAGCUGUUAGAAGCGUUUGAAUUAGCAUCAGUGUGCUUUAAGAAGAUAGACGAUUUCUCCAGAGUCGAUGAUGAAGACAACCAUAUCCUCUUUCCCGAUGAAGAGGAAAUCGAAAAAGACGAAAAUACCCUUCCUCCGGUGAUCGGCGUCGAAGAAGACGGCGAUGCCGUUAUCGAUCCUUUGUUGGAAUUCGAGGAACGGUGUCCUCCGGGAGGAGAGGAAUCAGUUGUUUUCUACACGACGAGUCUCCGGGGAAUCAGAAAAACGUUCGACGACUGCAACAUGAUCCGAUUUCUGCUUGAUAGUUUUAAGGUUAAGUACUACGAGAGAGAUGUGUCGAUGCAUAGAGAGUAUAGGGAAGAGCUCCGAAGAGUCUCAGCGGCGGAGGAAACAGAGGUUCUGCCUCCGGUUCUGUUCGUUAAAGGAAGAUGCAUCGGAGGAGCUCAGAGAGUAUUGGGUCUGCACGAGCAAGGUAAGUUUAAGGUUCUGUUUGAGGGAGUUCCAAUGGCUGGAGAUGAACGUUGCCGUCGAUGCGAUGGGUUUAGGUUUUUGAUGUGUGGUGGAUGCAGAGGUAGUCGCCGGAUUAUUAACGGUGAUGGAUCAAGGAUUCAGUGUUUGAUAUGUAAUGAGAAUGGUUUGGUUGUGUGCGUUGCUUGCUGCUCUUAAGACCAAUUUGAUUUUUUCGUGUUGUAUAUAUAUUACUCAAAUUCGUUUAUUAUUAUUAUUUUUCCAAAGUGCUGUAACGAUUUCUUUAUACGGAAAAUAAAUAUGGUUGUUUCGUUAUGGUCA